GAAUAUCGACGCGUGCCGACGUAGCGCUUACGCCGCGAAAGUGCUUUUCCGUGUUCGAUUUUCAAAUAACUGUCAAGUUAACUUUUUAAUUUUUUCCUGAAUAAGGUUAUAGUUUUAUUUUAUUCAGUUUUUUCAGAGUGCUGACGUAUUUUUUGUGUAUUUAAAAAUAGAAUUUGCGAAAUGAUUACGUGGUGCUCGUCUACCGGUGCUUAGCGUCACGAAAAUUAUCUGGAAAAUUAUCGCUUAAUAUUAUAAACCUGUGUAAAUAAGAACAAUUUCAGUUGAUAAGCGAUUUGCGGAAGAGUUAUUCGUGUUUUUGAAUUUGGAAUUUCUAGUUUGUGGGUCCAAAAAUGGCGAAAAUACCCUUAGUUCUACUUAUUUGUCAAAUCCUAAGUCUCCCGAUACUAAGUAACGGGAAUGACGAUAACCCUUUAUUGGAGCUUGCGUCGUCAUUCCUGCAGAACAUGGGAGAAGGUGGGAAUGACAAAAUGGAAGGGCUUGCCGCGAUAGGCAAUAUGGUUGGGACGCUGAUGCAAGGGGACAAUGCUAAGAACCUGGGAUCGAUGCUGGGACAGGAUGGUGGGAAUGCCGGCGACGUUUUGUCUGGUCUGGGUAGUUUACUAGGAGGUCAAGAUGGUAAAAUCAAUCCAGCCCUGGUUGGCUCGAUGGUAUCCAUGUUCGCUAGCCAGAUGGGUUCAAACGGUGACAAGCCUCAACGCGAGAAACGGCAAACCAAAGAAAACAACAUGGAGAAUAUACUGAGCAUGGUGUCAGGUCUGGGUGGCUUAUUAGGUGGCCAAGAUGGAAAAAUCGACCCAUCUCUCGUGGGAUCAGUAGUAUCAAUGUUCGCUCAACAGAUGACGUCAAAUGGCGAGCAAAACCAGCGUCAGAAAAGACAAGCAGACAACCAAGAAUCCAAUGACAUAAACAUGGACAGUCUAUUGAGCAUGGCUUCAGGGUUUCUAGGGAAUAAGAACGUUGCAGGAAUGAUGCCAAUGAUCAUGAACACUCUAAACUCGUUCUCUGACGAAGAGGCUGACAAGAGAGCAGAUGAGCAUAAGGACCACGCGUCAUUCCUACCCCCAUUCCUGGAGAAGGCCCACUUAUACUGGGAUGUAUUUAUCAAUUCGGAGUUAGGGAAAACUAUUUGGGAGAAAUCAGGGUUUAAGAAAGCCACGAAAUCUUUUAUGGGACCUGAUGGGAAACUCAGUUUCGAGUUGAUGUUCAAGAGUUUUGAGAAUCAGUCGUUUAGGAGACACUGGAUUAAAGCGGUUGCGAAGUAUUUGACCGAUAUGGUGGUACAUAUUGCUAAACCAGAAGUGUAUCAGAGAUACCUAUCCUCAAUCCAGUACAUAAUGAACAGUUUCUUGGACUCUCAAGGCCUGCCCAAGACGACGCACUUCAACGUGAAUAAUCCAGAAAAAUCCAUCUCCACAUUGAUCAACUAUGUGCUGAAGAAGUACCUCGAUAUGGACACGGAUGUCUCGGAGUAUGUUAAACCAGCCAUGGACUACACAAAGCAAAUCCUAAAAAUGGCGCAGUCCGCCUCCCAGAAGUUCGCCAACCGAGCUGAUUAUCACGCGGUCGCUGACAGACUGACCGACACCCUCAACCUGGAAGUCAUCGAACCCGUCCUCCGAGUCUACAGGGCUUACAAGCACUCCAUAAAAGCUCCACACUGCCAGGAACAUCUCAUGUGCGUCGUGAACAGGCACCAUGACCAGGAUAAACAUGGUCUCCCAGGCUUCAAAGCUGGCCUAACUAAGCUCAGCAGCCUGAUCGCAUCGGCGGCAUUAAGCUUCCAAAACGGCAAAGGGUUCUGGGAUCUCUACAAUGCGAUACAGAACGAUGUCAACUGUGAUGCCAAAUAUCCCGCGGACUGCGCGGCUUUCCACGAGCACGAAAUGAAAGUUACUACGGAAGUGUACCAUAGCGAGCUAUAAAUAAAGAUUAUUUUCAUUUGAAUCAAAGCGCAUUUCAGUAAACUGUAGACACUUU